AUGACGUCUGCUGACCUGAUCAAUCGACUUAUCUGCCGUUACCGUCUGUUUCAAUCAGACGCCGAGGUUGCAAGCCGAUUUGAUGAAAAAGUGCGAGCUAAAGUAGCCCGCCUCAAGCAAGACUUAACUCCAGAUCUGGUCUCUCUUCUCCACGCUUUCCAAACACAGCUUUCCGCAGAUGGUCAGGACUCGCUCGGUCGCUGCCUUGGAAGUACCAUUAGUCAGCAAUUGCAUGCACAGAUAGCUCAGCACCCAAUAGAUUUGCAAUCACACAGGCUGCAUACCUGCAUAAACCGAUCUUCUCAGUCACCUGUCCUGCGGGUAAAGAAGAGUCCACCCGAUGAGUUCUUUAGUUCCCCUGAUUCGGGAUGCCGACUAGAGCCUGAUCUACUGACUGCUCCCAAGGAUGACCUGCUUCUUCUUUCUAAGAUUACUGGGAGUGGUAGAAGCGGUGACUCCGUUGGUGCUGACGUCGAAAUCAAUAUCGGCAAUGAUAGUCAUCAAUUGGCUGGUCGGCGCAGCUAUUCAACUGACAGACUUAAUGCGGCUAACUUGGAUGUUGACUUGGAUAUUGAGCAUACUGAUGACUGCUCUGUUUGCAUAGCUAAUUCCCUCAACCAAGUUGAUACUUUGCUCUCGGGCAACGUUUGCACAUCCGGGUCGCAUUCAGAUGGAUCUUCCAUUCGUCAGCGGAUCUUUACGGCCCCAGAGAAAAGGCCUGAUGACGAAGAAUAG